AUGGCUAAUCACCAGAUGCCUUCUGUAGACGUGAUUGGGCAUUUCCCUAACGGGCUUGGUGAUGCUGCAUCCAGUCACCACAGGACGUCAGAUAGUGUUGUAGGUAGUGAUUGGAAUCCACGCGGUUUUGUGAUAACCAGUCAGCACAAUUCACACGAUGAAAUCAUACCCAGUCGAUGUAGUCCACACGAUGAAGUUGCAGCCAUUCAACAAAAUUCGCCGUAUGAAAUCUCAGCCAAUCACCACAGCCCGUCUGAUAACGUCUUAGCCAAUCAGCACAGCCCGUCUGAUAACGUCUCAGUCAGUCAGUACAGUUCAGAAUAUGAAACAGUCAGUCAGCACAAUCCACCUCCUGAAACAACCAAUCAACACAGCCCAUCUGAUGAAACUCCAGCCAAUCAGCACAGCCCAUCGGAUGAAUUCUCAGCCAAUCAUCAUAAUCCGUCUGAAGCAGUCUCAGACAGUCAGUACAGUUCAGUAUUUGAAACCGCCAGGCAGCACAAUGCACCUGAUGAAACCCCCAAUCAGAACAGUCUACCCGAUGACUCUCCAGCCAGUCAACACAUUCCAACCCAUGAAAUGCCAGCCAAUCAACACACUCCAUCCGCCGACACUCCAGCCAAUCAGCGCAGUCCAUCCCACGAAAUUCCAUCCAAUAACGUCACUCCUUCCGACGAACCAACCAAUCAAGACGAAGCCAGCGAUGACGUCACGCAAACACCCCCACGACGAGACACAAAAUCGCCGGAAACUGACCCUUUGAAGAGUGAAACUGACCUCAAUCAAGGUCAAGGCGAGAAUUCGGGGGAAGACAGUGAGAAAAUUCAAGAGAAGCCUUUCGCGUUCAGCCAUUACCUGUACAAUUAUCUAAGAUCCGUGAAGAACAUUCCCCCGUGUGAGAGCCAACAGAACGAGACCGACAGCUUAGCCUGGAGUUCGGACGCCUAUACACCCCCCGAGAGCCCUUCGACCACGCCCAUUCCCUCACCAGCUCCCACGCCCGCGGUCUCGCCUUCCCCCGCCCCGACGCCCACGCCGCCCGAGAGCCCCCUCUGCACCCUCGCCCCCCUCAGCGCCCACGAGAGCCGGUUGGCGUGGGCGGAGUUUGGCGGCGGGAGAGGAGCGCGGGAGGAGCGCAUUCUGCCUUCCGAUCUCGAUUUUCUGGACAUGGCCGAUGCGCACUUGUUCGGACUCCACGAAGCCAGCGGCGGCCCGCAGUUGCUUCCGGCCCACCUGGGCACGGAGGCCCCCACCGACCCCGGUCCCCCCUACAUUGGCCCGGACCAGCUACCCCUCAACCUGGAGCUCCCUCUCCCCUCAGGGUAUGGGCAGCCGGGCACGAUUUUCCCCGCGGGCGUCGAACCCCUCCACCCCCCUCCGCCUCCGCCAGCCAUGUCGCCGGGCACGCAGGUCGUCCACGCUUUCAUGACGGCGGCGCUGCUCGGCUACGUGCCCGGCGCCCAGUACGCAUGCCCCAAGUGCUCGCUGGUGUUCGAUUCCGCCCACGACCUGAGCACUCACAACGCUACCCACGCCCUCGAUGCCGCCCACGCUCUCGACGCCGCCCACGCCCUCGACGCUGCCCUUGGAAGCACGGAAGCGGAGGUGGAGGCGCCCUCGAUGAUCACUAUUCACAUCCCGCCCUUCGCCAGCCCCGGCACGCCCACGCCCGCCCACCACCGCACGCUCAAGAGGAAGCGCCGUGACCCCGCCGUGACCCCGCGUGGCCAGGCCCGUGACCGCGACCGCCUCUACCAGUGCUGGGAGUGCGGGGGGAGCUUCACCACCUCGGGCCAUCUCAAAAGACACAUGGAGGCCCACGGGGCGGACCGGCGCCACAAGUGCGACCAGUGCUCCGCCUCAUACUCCAGGCAGGACAACCUCCUGAAGCAUCUCGAGGUUCAUAGUAACGGGGGCGUCCUCAUCUCCAGAUACUCAUACUCACAGGCAUCUUACUCCAUACGGGAACUUCUUUACCCAUGUAUUGGCAUGCCUGCUGGAUAUGCUCUGAACACGCUCUCUGAAAUUCUGAAUACAGCAUACGGGAACUUCUUUACCCAUGUAUUGGCAUGCCUGCUGGAUAAUAUAUGA